UAAGCAUUCAUCCCUAAAAUCUAAGAGAUGUCUUAUCCGACAACAGAAAGACGAUUGAGUAUACCGACUACCUCGAGCUAUGGAACGCGGAGGCGGCCAUCGGAGAUUCCCGCGAACCAGGAGGAUGCGGAACAUUCUGUUGCAGCGGCCACCUCAGCCGAUACACAGGAGAUGGAGCAGGAGCUUGGAAGGAAUGGGAGUGCAGAGCAGGAGAAUACAACAGGCUCGAAGAAGUGGGUUAUGAAAUGGCUCAGGGAGCAUGAUUUAAGUCUGUGGUUGGAGAACAAGGGGAGUGUAGCGAGAGAUCAUCUGGCCAACGAACGAACAUUCCUAGCUUACCUACGAACAUCCCUUUCAUUCACAGCUAUUGGGGUAGCACUGACCCAAUUGUUCCGAUUACCAGCACCGUCCACGGGCCAAUCGUCCGAAACACAGAGACGGUUGCACGCCGUAGGGAAACCACUGGGUGCAACCAUGGUGAUGGCAAGUCUGCUGGUGCUGGGAUUAGGUGUAUGGAGGUAUUUUGUGAGCCAACACUGGCUGACGAAGGGUCAAUUUCCGGCGAGUCAAGGGACCGUAUGGAUCAUCACAUUGCUCGGGGUCAUGGUCGCCAUUGUAGCGUUCGUGAUAGUCCUCGUCCAAUCUUGACGGUGAAGAUCGGUGCAUCGCUAAUUGAAACUCUU